UAAACGCUUCGUCUGUUACUAAUGUCACCUAGAGUGUUCUCACUUUCAUGUUUUACCUUCGCCCUGAUGUAGUUUGUAGUUGCGCAUUUUGCAAAGAACCUGCCGAUUUGCAGCAUGGACAAACGGAUGUUUGGAGUUCUAUUAUUUCUAGGUCUGCUUGACCAAUCAGUUGCGUUUGUUUGUGACGAAGGAUCUAUUGUCUGCUAUGCUUUCUCUGGGUAUAAUAAUAAAUCCCAGUGGGCUACUUGUUUAACGAAAGAUUACAUAGAAGAGAAAUCGAGAGAACAACACACUUGUAUGAACCAAACAACGGUUUACUGUUACUAUCAAUGCAUGCUAGAACAACACGGUUUAGAGGAAGGGCCUGUAUACGCCGACUGCUCGUGUAGGCCAGGCUAUGCAUUACCAACUGUCCCACGCACUCCUCUCCCUUCUUGGUGCAGUAGCCCUAAUGGGUCAGAAUGCAAUUGGUACAAGGACUGUUUGGAGGAAAGGUUUCCAUGCGUUGGUACUGAAGCUUCCUAUGCAAUUAGCUAUGGCGAGAAAUUCUGUAACUUGUACUCCGAAAACUACAACGGAUUCGACAAAAUCGGACAGGACUGGAUCGAUGCCGUUCGAAAAUGUCUUCAAGUGGCGCUGGUUCCACUUAUUCGACCGUACAAUACGCCCAGUUGUGACGAAAUCAAAACUCUAGCCUUUCAGAGCCAUUCCAAAUGUUACGUCGAUCCGUUUCCAGAUGCACCGUCGUUUUGUGACAUUGGGUGGAGCAAUUUUUUUCGAGUACUUAUAACCAUCAAAUCUAGCAUUAUAAGUGAGUUCUGGGCUACUAUCGGUCAGGGUCUAGAGACAUUCUUUAAAUGUGGAAAAAUCAAGAUUUCUAAUAUACUGCAACUUGUUAUUAGCAACGAUGAAUCCACGGAGGACAUUGCAAGUGCACCCUAUAAACUUGAAAAAUCAUUUAAAGAAUACAGUAAGAUAAACAUCCAGGGCGCCAUUGAUGUCUUCUUUUAUCCGUUUUUUAAGAAUCCGUUGAAUGAGAUCAACCGUGACAAGAGGAGCACACAUACGUCAGGCGAAGUCACGCUUUCUGUUCUGCUACUUGAUCGGGCAAAAUACGAUCUGAAUUACCAAUCUUCAAACACAAUAAAUCUCACCGAUGUUGCGACACGUAUAAUCAAUGACAUUGAGACGGGAGAAUUUAGGCUAGGUGUCCGCGUUGAUGUCAAGGAAGUUCGCCUUUGUGCGGAUUUGGAGUGCAUAAACGCAACACAAACAGUUACACCCCCGCCAGAACAGAUCACUGGUCUGCCUGACCAAUCAUUUGGGGUUGUUUGUGACGAAGGAUCUUUUGGCUGCUAUGCUUUCCCUGAUUAUAAUAAUAAAUACCAGUGGUCUACUUGUUUAACGAAAGAUUACAUAGAAGAGAAAUCGAGAGAAAACCACACUUGUACUUACCGAACAGCCGUGUAUUGUUAUUAUCAAUGCAUGCUAGAACAACAUGGUUUAGAGGAAGGGCCUGUGUAUCCCGACUGCUCGUGUAGGCCAGGCUAUGCAUUACCAACUGUCCCACGCACUCCUCUCCCUUCUUGGUGCAGCAGCCCUGAUGGGUCAGAAUGCAACUGGUACAAGGAAUGUUUGGAGGAAAGGUUUCCAUGCGUUGGUACUGAAGCUUCCUAUGCAAUUAGCUAUGGCGAGAAAUUCUGUAACUUGUACUCCGAAAACUACAACGGAUUCGACAAAAUCGGACAAGAUUGGAUCGAUGGCGUUCGAAAAUGUCUACAAGUGGCGCUGGUUCCACUUAUUCGACCGUACAAUACGCCCAGUUGUGGCGAAAUCAAAACUCUAGCCUUUCAGAGCCAUUCCAAAUGUUACGUCGAUCCGUUUCCAGAUGCACCGUCGUUUUGUGACAUUGGGUGGAGCAAUUUUUUUCGAGUACUUAUAACCAUCAAAUCUAGCAUUAUAAGUGAGUUCUGGGCUACUAUCGGUCAGGGUCUAGAGACAUUCUUUAAAUGUGGAAAAAUCAAGAUUUCUAAUAUACUGCAACUUGUUAUUAGCAACGAUGAGUCCACGGAAGACAUUGCAAGUGCACCCUAUAAACUUGAAAAAUCAUUCAGAGAAUACAGUAAGAUAAACAUCCAGGGCGCCAUUGAUGUCUUCUUUUAUCCGUUUUUUAAGAAUCCGUUGAAUACGAACAAUCGUAAUAAGAGGAGCACACAUACGUCUGGCGAAGUCACGCUUUCUGUUCUGCUACUUGAUCGGGCAAAAUACGAUCUGAAUUACCAAUCUUCAAACACAAUAAAUCUCACCGAUGUUGCGACACGAAUAAUCAAUGACAUUGAGACGGGAGAAUUUAGGCUAGGUGUCCGCGUUGAUGUCAAGAAAGUUCGCCUUUGUCCAGAUUUGGAGUGCAUAAACGCAACACAAACAGUUACACCCCCUCCAGAACCGAGUGUUGGUACUAUCGUAUACAUGCAGAUUUACUACGUUAUGAGCUUUGUUCUUUUGGGUGCUGUUAUUACCCAUCUUGUUGAAAGUAUAUAGGUUUUCUAAAGAAAAAUGAUAAAUAAGAGGCAUAAAAGCGGCGAUGCUAUGCCCUCUGAGAUUUAUGGCAAACUAGGCUGGUAAUGCUGUUAUUGUUUUAUGCCCGAGUGCUUAUCGGCGCCGUGUUUUAAUCUUGUUUUGUGUUUUAUCCAGAGAAAAUGAAAUUUCUAUUUAUAUAACCUAUAUAUUAAUAACAGCAAGUAUGUCAGAGAGAGAUUGAAGGAUAUUUCGAGUGAGAUUGAACAGGUGUUUACAAAUCUUGACAAAAUGUUCUUACCGAGUAAUUCUAAAGUAACUUUCAGAUGACACCAUCGAUAAGACUAAAGGAAUAUAAAAUACGAUGGUAAUUCAUACUUACUAUUUCAUCAACAUUUCAGCAUAAAGAAAGAAUAAACUUCCACAUUGACAUGUGUGUGUUUCAAGCGAAAUCUGGUUUUAGCAGAAUAGUGUGGCCUAAAUGAAUGUAAAGUUUAAUAUGUCCAUACAUUCGAUAACUGAGCAUAUCUAUAAGCAUAACGUUGAACGACUCUGUUAACGACUCUAUUCACACAGCUUCUUAACACAUUUAAAACGCUAAAUAAUGUUAUAGCUUUGAUCUAGCUGAUUGUACAUAUUCAUAACAUGCGAUUUAUAAAUGAAUAAUGGAAUGCAUAUAUCAACUAUUCUAAAUACAUCCAUGUGUGAAAAUAUAUUCUUAGCUUAUUAUGUAUUAAUGACGAUUGUGUUGCUUAUAAUUAUAUAUGUUUGUUUGUAAAUAAAAUGUAUAGUUAAACCUUCCUUCGUAGUGUCGUGACAAUCGUAUUACCAAGCCCUACUGUCGAGCAGUUCGACUAAGGAAAAAAUAAAGUUCAUAAUUUGUCUUUGGAUUCGGACAUUUGAAAUUUCUUUAUUGUCACAUAUGGAACCGUGAUCAUUUUGUCCAUGUCAAUGUACGCUACACACUCCUAUGAAUAAAACAAUGCAUUCAUGCGUAUUGGCGGAACAAGUUACUAUGUCAAAAAAAUAAUUCCAAAACGGAUGUAUAUUAAUAAUAACAACGAUAAGAUUAAGAUUAUCCAUUGGCAAUACCAAAUAGGGUCAGGUGCGUUGGUCGAAAAACCGGAUAACGUCUAUGUAUUUUUUAUAGUGCAGGGGAGGUAAAUACAAUAUCCACUUGCGUAUUAUGCUAAAUGUAUUAAUGUUUAACUUUUAUUGUGUUAAAAUCAUAGCUCACAUGUAUUACUAUUUUCGAUUUAAAACCAUUUUCCACAUUCAUUACAAUGCUUUUUGUUAGCUCUGUAUAUUUUAUGAUUGUAGGCUAUGUAUAUAUUAUGAUAUGAUUUGCAUUUUUCUACAUUUCUUUCGUGAAAUUGUAAUCUUAUAGCUUUAAAUGAAAUAUAGGCAGUUUUGAUUGUACACUAAAGCAUUAUGUUGCUGC